AUGACAACAAAUGUAUCAUUAAUAUUGACAAAUUUACCAAUAAUUGUUCAAGAAAAAAUCUUACAAUCAUUUUCUUAUACAGAAUUAAGUCGUUUACGUUCAAUAUCAAAACAUUUUCAUCGAUUAUGUACUGAACAACUUAAUCGAGGUUAUUUUCAACUUGAAAUAAUUGUUCAUGAUUUACAGAAACAAAUUAAAACAAAACUACCACGAAGAGAAUCGGAAAGACAUAAACAUCCUCUAUCAACAAAAUUUGAUAUAAUUUCUUCGCUUGAUUCUCGUAUUCAAUGGCUGAAAUUAACAUUUGGUUCAUCAAUACAAAAUUCACUCUGUUGCUUUUAUCCGGGUCGAUUACUUGAUGAAAUCUAUUCCGUACUAAAUCAUUUAAAAACACAGCAAUCAUUUACAAAUCCACGUACACUUUUACAAGAAACACGUGAUAUGUCAUCAAUGGCAAUUGAACAUUUUCGUGAACAUAUUGAACCAAAAUUACAACAAACACGUUUUGCUUCAUUAACUAAUCUUCGUAAUAAUUUAUCAACAUUUUCAUCAAAUACUACUACUACUACUAAUAGUAAUACAUUUGUAUGUCAUCAUUAUAAACGAUCAACGAAUGUUUUACUUCGUCGGCAAAUAAGUACGUUAAACAAUCGAAUCUAUAAACAAAAUCUUAUUGUUAAAUCUCAAAAAUAUCAAAUGAAACAUUAUAAACAAUUAUUAUAUACACGUACAAAAUCUUUAAUAAAUCAUCAUCGACGUUUAAAAUAUCUUGAAAAGAAAAAUCAAGAAACUGAGCAACUUUUACUUGAAAUACGAAAAGAUAAUGAUACAUUAUUACAACGAUUUGAUCAAUUUGUACAAACAUAUGAUGAGACAUCAAAUCGAAUAAAUACAGAAAAAUAUAAUAAUGAAUUACUUCCUCAAAUAAACAAAAAUAUAAAACGUCGAAAAAUUGAUUAA